GCCGUCUCAGAUCUCAAUCGGAACAACGUCAGGGUUUCUUUCAAACGAGCUUGAAAAAAAACCUAUUAGCUCGUGUAAUCCGAAAAUCGAAGAAGAUUAAGAAAGAUGGGGAAGAAACAGCACAGCAAAGAUCGAAUGUUCAUAACGAAAACAGAGUGGGCAACAGAAUGGGGAGGAGCUAAAUCAAAAGAGAAUCGAACUCCUUUCAAGAGCCUUCCCUUCUACUGCUGCGCGCUCACGUUUCUACCGUUCGAGGAUCCUGUGUGCACAGCAGACGGCAGCGUUUUCGAAUUAACAACGAUAGUGCCUUACAUAAGGAAGUUUGGUAAGCAUCCAGUUACAGGAAAGCCUUUGAAAGGAGAAGAUCUCAUUCCUCUUGUCUUUCACAAGAACUCUGAAGGGGAGUUUCAGUGUCCUGUUCUGAACAAAGUGUUCACUGAGUUUACGCAUAUUGUUGCUGUUAAGACUACAGGAAAUGUAUUCUGCUACGAGGCAAUUAAAGAGUUGAAUAUCAAGACAAAGAAUUGGAAGGAGCUUUUAACAGAGGAACCAUUCACUAGGGCUGAUCUUAUCACUAUUCAAAAUCCUAAUGCAGUUGAUAGUAAAAUAACUGUGGAGUUUGAUCACGUUAAAAACGGCCUUAAGCUUGAAGAUGAAGAAUUGAGGAAGAUGAACUCAGACCCUGCUUAUAAUAUAAACGCCUCUGGAGAUAUCAAGCAUAUGCUUGCGGAUCUUGGAACUGACAAGGCCAAGGAGAUUGCUUUACACGGUGGUGGUGGGAACAAGGCACGUAACGAAAGAGCGGCUGCUAUUGCUGCGAUUCUUGAGUCGAGGUCGAAAAUCAAAGAGAGUUCUAAAGGAGACGAACCUAAGCAGACUUACAGUGUUGUGGAUGCUGCAUCUGCUUCGGUUUAUGGAAGAAGUGCUUCUGCUGCUAAAGCUGGGUCCAGUGAUAAAACAGCUGCAAGAAUAGCUAUGCAUAUGUCUGGAGAUAGAGCACCUGUUAAUACCACAAUGGUGAAGAGCCGUUAUUCUUCGGGUGCUGCUUCUCGUUCUUUCACUUCCACUGCGUUUACACCUGUAACCGAAAACGAUUUUGAACUAAUCAAAGUCGAGAAGAACCCCAAGAAGAAAGGGUAUGUUCAGUUUCGCACAACACAUGGAGAUUUGAACAUUGAGCUUCACUGCGAUAUAGCUCCUAGAGCAUGUGAGAAUUUCAUCACCCUUUGUGAACGCGGUUACUACAAUGGAGUGGUCUUUCACAGAAGCAUCAGGAACUUCAUGAUUCAAGGUGGGGAUCCAACUGGCACAGGGAAAGGAGGUGAAUCCAUUUGGGGAAAGCCAUUCAAAGACGAGCCAAACUCGAAGCUGCUUCACUCAGGAAGAGGCGUAGUAAGUAUGGCUAAUAGUGGUCCUCACACGAAUGGUUCUCAGUUUUUCAUCUUAUACAAAUCAGCAACCCACUUGAACUACAAGCACACAGUGUUUGGUGGAGUUGUUGGUGGUAUGGCAACACUAGCAGCAAUGGAGAAUGUACCUGUAGAUGAAAGCGACCGUCCUCUGGAAGAGAUUAAGAUUAUCGAGGCAAAUGUAUUUGUAAAUCCAUACACAGAACCUGAUGAAGAGGAAGAAAAAGAGAAAGCUGAGAAGGAGAAGAACGAAGACAAAGACAUUGAGAAGGUGGGUUCGUGGUAUAGCAACCCAGGAUCAGGCACAGCAGAAGCUGGAGCUGGUGGUGGCGGCGUUGGGAAAUACUUGAAAACUAAGAGUAAUACAACAACUAAGGACACUAAUGGUGCCAUAGACUCUGAUAUUGCAACCAUUGGAGUAUCUAAGAAAAGAAAAACAACUUCUGCUUCAGCUUCCACAGGGUUUAAAGAUUUCUCUGGCUGGUAGGUGAAGAAAUAACAUUCUCUACCAGCUUUGUAAAACUGUUGACUUAGUCUUUUUGAUUAGAUCCCAAAUCACAAGUUCAUUGUUGUAUGCCUACAUUUGAUGUUCAAAAGCUGAAGCUGAGUGAAACAUUUCUUAGAAAUUAUUAUAUAAUCCUCACAAUGGUAUGUAUGAAAAUCACCUAAUCUACAAAAUAAAUCAACAGUGAUCAGCACAGAGAUCGGUAAGAAGAAAAACACAUGUGUUUCUUUGUCUGUUUGUCCUAAGGUAGACGCCAUUUACUAUGCCAGUAUAUAGAAACUCUCGACCACAUUGGGAACCCAAAACUGGACUCCAAAGGCUGAUCAGCAGGUCCUCCUAUAACUAACGGUAACCAAACAUAUCUUGAAUCCCUCAAAUCAGCAGGAUUCCACCUAUCCGCCAUGAAGAUAAACCCACCAGGAACACCAGGUAAAGGAAUCACAUAAGUGCUCUGCGCAAAGAACGUUGUUAACCGGUAAACUUUAUUACCACCAAUGCAGGGAUUCCCCAACUUCUCCCAUGGACCCAUCACUGACUCAGAGGCAUGAGCCAAGGCCUCAUUAGGUGCCCAGCCAGUACACCAAGAAGUUACCAUGUAAUAAGUAUUCUCAUGCUUGAAGAUAGCUGGAGCUUCCCUGUGUUGUCCAACCAUUACUCUCUUCACAACCGGCGUCACAUCUAAGUAGUCUUCAGUUAAGGGGCCGAUAUGAAGCACACUAUUGACUUCAGAAGAGUAAAAAAGGUAAGCAACACCAUCAUCGUCUUUGAAAACAGUCAUGUCUCGGCUAUCGAACCCGUGUGGACGUUUGCUGUAUAGAUACUCAAACGGACCUGUUGGGUUGUCGCUGAUG